UGGGUUGCCAUGAAGAGUAAAUAUUAACAAAUGGACAAGGCUUGAAUGGAGCCUGGUACACAGUGGUGUUAGUGACGUGUUUACUGUACGUCGUGGAGAGGACUAGAGGAGAGACAAGAUGCAGAUGGGGGCCUUUGCUCCUCAGUAGAUUCUUCCCUUUCAAGCUGCCUUUCAAAUCUACUCAUUCAAGAAAGGCAUUUGUAUCCCAGUGGGCUGCCUGAAGAAUACUCCUUUCUCACUACUUUCCGGAUGACCGGAAGCACGCUCAAAAAGCACUGGAGCAUUUGGCAGAUUCAGGAUUCCUCGGGGAAGGAGCAAGUUGGUGUGAAGAUUAAUGGCCAGACCAAAUCUGUCUCAUUUUCAUACAAGGGACUGGAUGGCAGUCUCCAAACUGCAGCCUUUUCGAAUUUGCCCUCCUUGUUCGACUCCCAGUGGCAUAAGAUCAUGAUUGGCGUGGAAAGGAGCAGUGCUACGCUCUUUGUUGACUGUAACAGAAUCGAAUCCUUACCGAUAAAGCCAAGGGGCAAAAUCGAUGUCAAUGGUUUUGCUGUGCUGGGAAAACUUGUGGAUAAUCCUCAAGUCUCUGUUCCGUUUGAACUUCAAUGGAUGCUCAUCCACUGUGACCCACUGCGACCCAGGAGAGAAACUUGCCAUGAGCUGCCCGCCAGGAUAACAUCCAGUCAGAUCACCGACCAGAGAGGCCCCCCGGGCGAGCAGGGUCCUCCCGGGCCGCCGGGCCCCCCUGGAGUCCCCGGCAUCGAUGGCAUCGACGGUGACCGAGGUCCGAAGGGUCCCCCAGGUCCCCCGGGUCCCCCUGGAGAACCGGGAAAGCCGGGAGCGCCAGGCAAGCCUGGCACGCCGGGCGCCGACGGGUUAACAGGACCUGACGGAUCUCCUGGCUCUGUUGGACCAAGAGGACAAAAAGGAGAACCUGGAGUGCCGGGACCGCGUGGCUUUCCAGGCCGUGGUAUUCCUGGACCCCCUGGUCCUCCUGGGGGAGUGGGGCUCCCUGGAGAGCUUGGCCGUGUUGGACCAAUUGGGGACCCUGGGAAGAGAGGACCACCUGGCCCCCCUGGCCCCCCGGGACCCAGCGGAGCAAUUGGCUUUCACGAUGGAGAUCCACUGUGUCCCAACUCCUGUCCACCAGGUCGCUCAGGAUACCCAGGCCUGCCAGGCAUGAGGGGUCAUAAAGGGGCUAAAGGAGAAAUUGGUGAGCCUGGAAGACAAGGUCACAAGGGUGAAGAAGGGGACCAGGGAGAACCAGGAGAGGCUGGAGCUCAAGGACCUCCGGGAGCUCAAGGCCUGAGAGGCAUCACUGGGACAGCUGGGGCCAAAGGGGAAAAGGGUGCUCGGGGCUUAGAUGGAGACCCAGGGCCUCAAGGUCUUCCUGGUGCACCUGGUGACCAAGGACAGCGAGGACCUCCAGGAGAAGCAGGUCCCAAGGGAGAGAGAGGGUCUCAAGGUUCUCGAGGAAUUCCUGGUCCCCCUGGGCCCAAAGGAGAUACGGGCUUGCCAGGUGUGGAUGGCCGUGAGGGGAUACCUGGAAUGCCUGGAACAAAGGGUGAACCAGGGAAACCUGGACCUCCUGGUGAUGCAGGAUUGCAGGGGUUACCUGGGAUACCCGGAAUUCCUGGUGCCAAGGGUAUUGCUGGUGAAAAGGGUAACACAGGCGCUCCAGGGAAGCCUGGUCAGUUGGGGAAUUCAGGCAAAUCGGGCCAACAGGGGCCGCCAGGAGAGAUGGGACCCCGAGGACCCCGGGGGCUCCCUGGCAGUCGAGGUGAAGUCGGGCCAGUCGGACCCCCAGGACCACCAGGUAAACUGGGUUCUUUCGGUAGCCCUGGCCUCCCCGGCAUGCCCGGCCCCCCUGGACUUCCAGGAAUGAAAGGUGACAGGGGUGUUGUUGGUGAACCUGGCCCAAAGGGUGAACAGGGUCCCUCUGGGGAAGAAGGCGAAGCAGGAGAAAGGGGUGAACUCGGAGAUAUAGGAUUACCUGGCCCAAAGGGAUCUUCAGGUAACCCUGGGGAGCCUGGCUUGAGGGGGCCUGAAGGAAGCCGGGGGCUUCCUGGAGAGGAAGGACCUCAAGGACCGCCUGGACCACGAGGCAUGCAGGGAGAACAGGGUGCCACCGGCCUGCCUGGUAUCCAGGGCCCUCCAGGUAGAGCACCCACAGAUCAGCACAUUAAGCAGGUUUGCGUAAGAGUCAUUCAAGAGCAUUUUGCUGAGAUGGCUGCUAGCCUCAAGCGUCCCAACUCGGGAGCCUCUGGGCUCCCAGGGCCACCUGGACCCCCCGGUCCCCCAGGACCCCCCGGAGAGAAUGGUUUUCCCGGCCAGAUGGGACAUCGUGGCCUCCCAGGCAUGAAGGGUCCCCCUGGGGCUCUCGGUUUGAGAGGACCUAAAGGUGACAUGGGAGAGAGGGGUGAUCGUGGCCCUCCAGGAAGAGGUCCCAAAGGUUUGCCUGGAGCGACAGGUCUCCCAGGUGACCCGGGUCCUGCCAGCUACGGGAGGAAUGGCCGGGAUGGUGAGCAAGGCCCCCCAGGGGUGGCAGGCAUCCCUGGUGUGCCUGGCCCCCCAGGACCUCCUGGCCCUCCUGGUUUCUGCGAGCCAGCCUCCUGCACCAUGCAGGCUGGUCAGCGGGCAUUUAGCAAAGGUCCUGAUCAGCGAAAGGCUUAGUGCUACACCGCUGUCGGCAUAAACCAUGCCUGGAGAAGAAGCUUGGGAGAGAAACACUGCCCAAAGCCAGGGCAAAGGGACAGUGCAUCACCUUCAAGGUUAUUCCAGAAGACCUACCUGACAAUCAGAUUUAGAACAAUGGUGCUAUUCAAUAAAUCCUCUUUCCUUUCCCUUGGAUGGGAGCCAGCAGAGCCGUCAGUGAUACAAACAAAACCCCUCCCUUGAAGUAAAUUACAAUCCUGUCCCCAGGAUCUUAAACCUUAGUGCGCUAUACACAUUGUGGGCCACUGCGCCAAUAAACGAGAACAACGGUUUGGUUACCUCAACUGCGGUAGUUACUUUCAUUUUUAGAUUUAGAUCUUGUUCUCAGAUGUUGUUUCAACUCUGCAGAGGAUUACCAGAGUAGGUACCAAGAAACCCCACUAUAGACGAUAGAAUUGGUGCUUAAACUCCCCAUCAGUGUGCUCUCUUGGGAGUUGCAGGGAAGGCUGGACCACGUGGAGUGACUUCCUUACAGCCUUGGUGGUUUUCACAGUUGGCUUGGAUUUUUUCGGACUGUAUUGCAUCUCCAACCUGUUGAUAUUUUGGGCUCUUCUAUGUGAAAGCAAAGACGGAAUUUUACUGUCCUGCCAUUCGUAAGUUUUAUU